UGCCGCGUCAGCAGUGACCCGCCACCAUGACGGGCGCAGCUCUGGGCAUGCCAGGCCAACUGGCCAACGAGUCCAUUGACGAGUACAAACAGCGGUUCCAGACUCAGCUCGCACUGAUCGAGGCUGAGGAACAGCGCCAGGUGGCAGCCGAGGCUGUCCGCCUACAGGCUGAAGCAGCGGCAACAGCUGAGAAGCAGCGACUUCAAGCCGAAGCUGAAGCAGAUACCCAGGCACGCCGCAAGGAGGCCCAGGAUCUGCUACAGCGGCAUGAAGCCACUAGCAUCGAAAAGCUCAAGUUUUGGCACUUUGAACCAUCCGAGGGGCACGACGACGCAACACCGGAGGAGCAACACAAGGAAUUCAUGGCCAAGCUCGUGACCCGGUUGGUCUACACUUGUAAUCACCUGCAGUCCGAGUUGGCGAACCUCCAGCGGGCCGUACGGAACCACAAGGCUCAGCACGAGGAUGCAGCACGGGCACUUGAUUCCCGUGUACAGGACUUGGAGCAAACUGCACCAAGACCAGAGGCUGGCGAAUCCAGCAGUGCACCCUCUGGCCGCCAACUGGAGGAACGAGUUGAUCACGUAGUCGCAAUGCUCGGCGACAUCAGUACCUUCGCUGCACCAGCCACCAUCAGCAAUCAGCUGGACACCUUGAAGACCGAGGUUCAGCAACUGCACCAGCUGCCUAACAAGGAUGGCAACGCCGUGCAGCAGUACAAGAUACCGACAUUCCAAAUCAAGAAGUUCGAUGAUUAUACGGAUCAAGACCCGGUCCUUUGGUGGGAGGGCUUUACAACGCAACUUCGGAUUCUGUUCGUCGCCAAGCACGCGUACAUCGGUGCGUUGUUCCUCAACUCAAAGGGCGGAUGCCAGAUCUGGCUGAGCCACCUGGCAACCGUCCAUGGCAUCGACGUCGCAGAUCUGAAAGAUAAGAUCUCUUGGGAAGAGUUAACACGGCUAUGGAAGAAGCGGUUCAUCGUGGACGACGCCCCGACGCUCGCCAUCAUCCGCCUCUUCGCUAUGACGCAAGGCAACACAUCGACACGUGACUGGCUCACGGAAUGGCAAAAGAUCGCGGCAAAGCCCGAUCUUGACUUGCCAUUUUCGCAUUUGCGCUGUGAGUUCUACAACCGGUCAUGUGCCGCCUUGAGCCUGGCACUUGGUGAUCGCGAGCAAUACGCGACCUUCGCCGAAAUCAUCGACAAUGCAAGGGAGAUCAUCAAGACCAAUAGGGCAGCUGCACAUGAGAAAUCAGCAUGGCAGUCAACCUAUAUGGAGAAGGUGAAAACUGGUCCGCGGCCGCAGCAUGUCGUUGUAGUCCAAUCGGACAACAUUGUGGAAGACCCGGCAGUCACCCAAGCGUCACGUGAGGGAGAUCAGGUGGCUGCUGUCCAGCCGCGAAGCAACAACAAGUCACGAGGAAACGGGAAGUCAAAAACCGCAUCGCAGGCCGGAAACGGACAGCCAGCACCAUGGGUCAAGUUUCACUUGACCGAGGCGGAAUACAAGAAACUGAGUUCCGCGGGAGGUGAGGCGACUCCACCUCUCACUCCGCCAGAUUCGGCCGCCUUGCUAGCGGCCUCCUACACAUCUGGGGAGGAUGCGAAUGUCGCAAGUUCUCGGUAUACUUACGAGGACUAUGUUGUCCACUUGGUCCCACUGUUGGACCAACCACUCCACGUGCAACAAUCUACCGCAUGCACGGUUUCAUCACCAUCGGCAAUCGAUUCGGCAGCUUCGCCGCCAUCUAUCGUCGGGGAUUCAACGUCAUGGUCAAGACUUGAAGAGCUCAACCCGUUGACGUUUGCGGACUUCCAAUGGAUGCCCCUUCCCCGGUCCGGUCGAUUGCCGAAACCGCAUUGUAACGUGCUCAUGGCACAAUUGCGGGAUUACUUGCACACUGCAGUACCAACUCCGUUGAUGGACGCCGGAGUAGAGGUUGUCGACCUUCACGCCUACAUUGCGAAGAUCGACUGCGAGUUCAAGACACAACGGUACGACGACAUCGACGCACCAUUGUUAUAUGUACGCAUUCAGAUCAAAGAGACGACCUGCAGCGCUUUGAUCGAUUGCGGAGCAUCUCGCAACUACAUGAGCCGGGACUUUAUGGUACGCGUCGGUCUUGGCCCACACGUCCGGAGGAAGUCCCAACCGACGCAAGUCACACUGGCAGACGGUCACACGCACAAGUCAAUUGACCGGUGCAUUGAUGACGUCCCCGUGUACUUUGCCCCGCAUGCAAGCGAGGCGGUGUCCUUCGAUAUUUUGGACACCAAUUUCGACAUGAUCUUGCGCAUGUCAUGGCUGCGAAGCGAGGAUCACCCGGUGAACUUCUACCGCCGCACCGUUCACGUUCGUAAUCGGAACGGAGUACUAGUUCCAUACACGGUAGCUCCUCCUCACCCUUCAAUCAGCUGCCACGUGGUGUCCGCCACAAGCAUGCGAGCUUCCAUCAUUAGAGACGACAUCGAGGAGAUGGGGGUGUGUUUUCUCCAUGCCCUCCCGCCCCAUGACGCUUCAUCGACGGAAUCAUCUUGGGACCCACGCAUCACCGAACUUCUCGACGCCUACGGCGACGUGUUCGAAGGCCCGCACAGAGUAGUACCGGAUCGUCUCAUCCACCACGAGAUCAUCCUCGAGGACGGGGCUGUACCUCUGCGCGGUUGCAUCUACCGAAUGAGCGAGGAAGAGUUAAGUGUGUUACGGCCACAACUCGACGACCUUCUGGAGAAAGGCUGGAUUCGGCCUAGCUCAUCGCCAUACGGUGCCCCCGUUCUCUUCGUCCAGAAGAAGAACAAGGAUUUGCGGUUGUGCAUCGAUUAUCGCAAGCUCAAUGCGCAAACAAUCAGAAACGUCGGCCCUCUUCCACGCAUCGACGACCUUCUCAAACGGCUGGGAGGCGCCAAGUUCUUCUCCAAGCUUGACCUCAAGUCGGGAUAUCACCAACUCGAGAUUCGGCAGGAGGACCGCUACAAAACCGCGUUUAAGACGCGAUAUGGGGAUUUCAAAUGGCUGGUUAUGCCAUUUGGCCUUACGAAUGCCCCGGCCACUUUCCAAGCGACUAUGACAACGGAGUUCCGACACAUGCUAGAUCGAUACGUACUUAUCUACAUCGACGACAUCCUGGUGUACAGUCGGAGUUUGGACGAGCAUGUGGAACACCUGCGCACCGUUUUGGAGCGGCUACGACAAGCCAAGGACAAAGCCAACCGCGACAAGUGCGAAUUCGCGCGGCAGGAGCUGGAGUACUUGGGACAUUAUGUGAUGCCUCAAGGCAUCCGUCCGCUUGCGGACAAGAUCGAGGCCCUACGCGUAUGGCCCGAGCCCACCAACACCACGAACGUCCGUUCAUUCAUGGGGUUGGCAGGCUAUUGUCAGCGAUUCAUCACCGGGUACUCAAGGAUUGUUGCACCUAUGACGAGAUUACAAUCGCCAAAGGUGCCAUUCGUAUUCGAUGACGAUGCAUGCCGGUCAUUCCAAGCACUUAAGACGGUCAUGCUCAUGGCACCCGUCCUUAGCAUCUAUGACCCCACCCUGCCUAUGAGAGUAACAACUGACGCUUCCGGCUAUGGCAUUGGGGCAGUCUUGGAACAACAUGACGGCGACGACCGGCACCCUGUGGAGUAUUUCAGCCACAAAGUGCUUGCCAUCAAUUCGCUUGAUGAUGCAAGGAAGAAGGAGCCGCUCGAGUUCGUGAUGGCUCUCAAGCGAUGGCGGCACUUCCUCCUUGGGCGUCGUAGGUUCACAUGGGUCACGGACAACAACCCAUUGGCCUACUACAAGUCGCAGGAUACGGUGAGCAGCACGAUCGGACGAUGGAUGUACUUUAUUGACCAAUUUGACUUCACACCGAAACAUCUUCCCGGCCUCUCCAAUCGCGCAGCAGAUGCACUCUCGAGAAGACCUGAUCUUUGCGCUAUGACACAUCAUGCCUUCGCAUUCGACGAGGAACUCCAGCAACACUUCAUCUAGGGCUAUGAGUCUGAUCCGGACUUCGCCACGUUGUAUGCACAGCUAUCUUCGGAUCAUCCGCCGGCCAGC